AUGGCCAAUAAGUAUGGAUUAAAACAAGCUACAUUGAUCUCAAUGGCGAAAGCUUUCAAUUAUUUCCAAUUGUGCAUUUGUUAUAUGGCAGCCUAUUACUUUUCUGUAAGGCUGUUCCUUGUGGAUGAUUUUGAUCCUCGAAAUAUAGCAAUGAUUUUAUCAGCACAAAUUAUUAUUAUAUAUCGUUCUAUAUACAUGUUGAGUACUAUUUCUGAUCUCUUCAUGGCAACAGAUUCCGCUUGCAGAGUUAUGCAGUUCCUUGACUCUGAGACCAGUUAUAGCACAUCAACCCAAAAAGGUUUUGUACCAGACACGUUUGAGGCUGAUGUUUCUUUUAGAAAUGUUCAUUUUUCUUAUCCAACAAAUAUACACACUAAGGUGCUCCAUGAUCUUACAUUGAACAUUGAGCCUGGCAAAGUCACAGCAGUCGUAGGAGCUAGUGGUGCAGGAAAAAGUACUAUUGUGGGCUUAACUUUGCGCCUUUAUGACGUUACUGCUGGACAGGAACCUAUUCUCUUUGAUACUUCCAUAGAAGAGAACAUUAGGUAUGGAAAAACUACUGCAACUUUGGAGGAGAUCAUCAAAGCAGCUAAAAUUUCUUAUGCUCAUGAUUUUAUAGAAAAAUUACCUUCAGGUUAUGGUUCUAUUGUUGGGGAAGGAGGAAUCAAGCUUUCAGGAGGCCAGAAACAGAGAAUUGCUAUUGCAAGGGCAAUGGUCAGAAAACCAAAAUUGCUACUUCUUGAUGAAGCCACUUCUGCACUAGACUCUCUUUCAGAAGGCAUUGUCCAAAAAGCUCUUGAUAAUGCUAUGCAUGGUAGGACAACCUUAAUCAUUGCACAUAGAUUAUCAACAGUGAGGAAGGCUGAUGUUAUUUAUGUCAUGAAUAAUGGAUGCGUUGUGGAAAAAGGCUCACACAGUGACCUGAUGAAACUUAAUGGUUAUUACUACUCUCUGGUCAAAGUUGAAGAACAAGAAGAAAAGGAAAGAGUUUGUUCUUUAAAUAUGCACCAUCUGCCGACAUUUCCAAUUGGCACUCCUCUAUGGCACCCUUUUUUCACACAUCUUGCAGAUAGCAGACAUCACCGUCUAUAUCAAUUUCAGAACACAAUAUUGAGGAACAUCAUGAGAACAAUGGAAGAAGAAAGUGACCGAAACUUAACAAUAAAAAAGAAAAACCUUAAAGUUAUAGUCGUAUGGUUAUUGGCAGUUUUGUUCACUACCAUCAUAUCAACAUUUCUCCCCGUAUUCUAUUAUAUCUUUAGUCUUUUUUGUGAGGGUGUAAUGUCAACAAUGGCAACUAGAUUAUGGUUGGAAAAACUACAGAAUAAAGUUUUUACUAAAUUAGUAUCCAUGGACAUAAGCUGGUUUGAUAGGAGUGGAAACUCUCCUAAUGAAUGCCUUGAAAUAUUGACCAACUGCCCUCCUCUCAUCGAAUCAGUUGCAACAGAGUAUGUUCAACAUGUCAAAACAAUCCAAUUACUUAACUGUCAGCAGUAUCUUAUUGAUCACUAUCAGGAUUUACUUAUGCUUUCUAAGAGAGAAGCAUUUGUAAGCAUAAUUUGGUAUGCACUUAUUUACGGUAUGAGUAGAACUCUGAUCCGAUUGUCGACAGGCAUGACAUUUGUUUUUGAAGCCAAUGAUAUUGCAAGUAGUAAAGUCCGAGGAACAUUACUUAUAAGUAUCAUGAGUGCCCUCAGUUUCACAUCGAUGUCAGCUGGACCUAUCUUCAUCUUGAUGAGUCAGUACCCCCAAGCCAGACAGGCUAUGGCCAGGCUUUAUAGAGUUGCAUCUACUAAAUCUUACAUCAAUAAACAGACAGAUGAAGAGAAUAAACCAGAAAUCUUUGGAAACAUUGUUUUCAAAGAUGUGAUGUUCUCUUAUCCAACCAGAGAUCAAGUACUAGUCCUUAAAAAUCUGAACCUUGAGAUCAAAGCAGGAACGACAGUGGCCCUUGUAGGGGACUCAGGAUGUGGCAAAUCAACCAUCAUCUCACUUCUAGAGAGAUUCUAUCUUCCUAACUCAGGAAAAAUUCUUUUUGAUGGAACUGACAUCAACAGCAUAAAUGUGGCGUAUUUGAGAAGCCAAAUGGGCCUCGUGUCGCAAGAACCAGCUUUAUUUGAUAUGACGAUAAAGGAAAAUAUUCUUUAUGGCCUAGAAGAGGAUGCUUAUGACACUCCAGUAGGAGAAAGGGGUUCAAAGCUAUCUGGUGGCCAGAAGCAAAGAAUCGCCAUUGCCAGAGCUGUUCUCAGGAAUCCGAAAAUACUGCUUUUGGACGAAUUUACUUCUGCACUUGAUACAGAGAGUGAAAAGGUUGUACAGGAAGCAUUGGAAAAAGCUUCAGUUGGUAAGACGACUAUUUUGAUAGCACACCGACUCUCGACGGUCUGCAAAGCAGACAAGAUUGUCGUUCUUCAUUCUGGUGUUGUCGUAGAGGAAGGGACUCACCAGCAGUUAUUGGAGAGAAAAGGAUACUAUUUCAAUCUACUAAAUAGAUAG